AUGCGUUUUACUAUCCUCGCUGCAAUCGUUCCCUUGCUGUCUUUGACGGUUGCGCAAGGCAAUUGGAACUGCAAGAACUCGGAUGAUCCUGAAUACAUGAAAAUGGAUCUACAACACCGUCAGGCUUCUCCUAAUGGACUCUGCGUAAACGAUGGUGGCCUCGGGCUGUUAGCCCACCGAUGCACUGCUGUAAGGCGAAGCCUCGUUUCACAUGUCUUGAUGCUAAUAUUGGUUUUAGGGAAAGCCUUGCAAGCAAAACAACAAUGGUAUAUAAUCUUUCCUAAAUCUUGA